AUGGAAGAUUGCUCUCUGGAAGCCAGCUAUCUGGCAAGUCCAGAUUUUAUGAUUUUAGCGUGUCAUGUGCUAGCCGGAGUUCAAUUCCCGGUUUUCAUAUUUGGUACGUAUGGUAUCAUUUUUAAGACCCCUCCCCAUAUGGCAAAUGUCAAAUGGCUUCUUUUGAAUACCCACUUUUGGAGCUCUCUGUCUGACAGUAUAAUAUGCUCUGUCGCACUACCGUACCUUUUCAUUCCGACACUUGCUGGAUUCAAUUUAGGUGUUAUGAAUAAUCCAGGUCUCGCUAUUUAUUGCAUCGUAACCACGACAACGUGCUCCGGAGUGUCAAUUUUGGCGAUUUACGAAAAUCGAUACUAUAUGCUAUUCGGUCGGAAAACUUGGUGGCGACAUUUUCGAAAACCCUAUUUCACUAUGGUUUAUCUCCUUGCCCCUUGCAUGUUCCUCCCUCCACUUUUCAAUGUUCCUGAACAAGAAUCCGCUAGAAAUUGGGUUCUCAGAUCGAUUCCAUGCCUUCCAAAUUACACAUUUGAAAACCGCAAGUUGUAUGUACUGGCUCUAGAUUUCAUGCUGCCUGUUGGAUGUGUGAUGGUGGAGCUUAUAAUUUUAGUGCCACCAUUUGUGACAUUUCUAUCGCUUACUUUUUGGAACAUCUGGAUGUCUGACGCUUGGACAGCGUCAAAACAAACCGUGUGUCUGCAAAAAGCGUUCACUAAAGGGGUGACUGUUCAGACUGUCUAUGAGUUCUUCAUAUUAUUCGUUCCGGUUUGCACUAUUAUAUUCAUGCUAGUCUUCUGGCAACACAACCAAAUCAUCAACAAUUUCGCAUUACUGAUAAUAUCACUCAAUGGAGUCGGGUCCACUAUCAUCAUGUUAUUUGCUCACAGACCAUAUCGAGAUUUCACAAUAUCUGUUCUUUGUUGCUGCUUUCCGAAAAAGAGGCAAAAGCGGGAGAGUAUCAGAGAUAAUUUUAUUUGGAAAUCACAAAUGAGUAUGAUAUAG